CCUGCCCAGCACCCUCCUCAGGUGAGGCAGCCCGGCCUAGCAGGCCCCACGCCGCCGCUGCCACUCGCACCUCUGCCUCCCGGGCCGCCCUCUGCUGCAGGGCCACCAUGCUUCUGUCAAGGCCUGGAGACUGAGCCCUAAGCCGGCACCAUCUCGAGGCCCUGCCCCCGCCGGCUGGACCCCAGGGUCCCGCCCCGGCCAGGAGGUCAGCCGGGGAAUCAUUAACAAGAGGCUGUGACAUGGCUGAGAAGGAGGGUGGCCGGACUGUGACAUGCUCCGGACCCAAGGUGGCAGCUCUUAUUGUGGGGACCCUGCUACUCCUGACGGGCAUCGGGGUGGCUUCCUGGGCCAUUGUGACUGUUCUCCUCAGGAGUGACCAGGAGCCCCUGUACCCAGUGCAGGUCAGCCCCGCGGACGCACGGCUCACCGUGUUCGACAAGACGGAGGGGACGUGGCGGCUGCUGUGCUCCUCGCGCUCCAACGCCAGGGUGGCAGGUCUCAGCUGCGAGGAGAUGGGCUUCCUCAGGGCUAUGGCCCACUCAGAGCUGGACGUGCGGACGGCAGGCGCCAACGGCACUUCGGGCUUCUUCUGCGUGGAUGAGGGCAGGCUGCCCCAUGCCAGCAGGCUGCUGGAGGUCAUCUAUGUGUGUGACUGUCCCAGAGGUCGUUUUUUGGCUACCAUCUGCCAAGACUGUGGGCGCAGGAAGCCGCCCGUAGACCGCAUCGUGGGAGGCCAGGACACCAGCCUGGGCAGGUGGCCGUGGCAAGUCAGCCUGCGCUAUGAUGGCGCCCACCUCUGCGGGGGGUCCCUGCUCUCGGGGGACUGGGUAUUGACGGCUGCCCACUGCUUCCCAGAGCGGAACCGAGUCCUGUCCCGUUGGCGAGUAUUUGCGGGAGCUGUGGCCCAGGCCUCGCCGCAGGGCAUGCAGCUAGGGGUGCAGGCCGUGGUCUACCAUGGGGGCUAUCUUCCCUUUCGGGACCCCACCAGUGAGGAGAACAGCAAUGAUAUUGCCCUGGUCCACCUCUCCAGUCCUCUGCCCCUCACAGAGUACAUCCAGCCCGUGUGCCUCCCAGCGGCUGGCCAGGCCCUGGUAGAUGGCAAGAUUUGCACAGUGACUGGCUGGGGCAACACGCAGUACUAUGGCCAGCAGGCUGGGGUGCUCCAGGAGGCCCGAGUCCCCAUCAUCAGCAAUGAUGUCUGCAAUAGCCCUGACUUCUACGGGAACCAGAUCAAGCCCAAGAUGUUCUGUGCCGGCUACCCGGAGGGUGGGGUUGACGCCUGCCAGGGCGACAGCGGCGGUCCCUUUGUGUGUGAGGACAGCAUCUCUCAGACGGUACGUUGGCGGCUCUGCGGCAUUGUGAGCUGGGGCACUGGCUGUGCCUUGGCCCAGAAGCCAGGUGUCUACACCAAAGUCAGUGACUUCCGGGAGUGGAUCUUCCAAGCCAUAAAGACUUACUCCGAAGCCAGUGGCAUGGUGACCCAGCUCUGACCUGUGGCGUCUCUUCACUGCAUACACCUCGAGGGCCAGAGUUGAUCUAGGUGGCUCCAGCCCCACAUGGUAGGAUCCAAGCUGGCCCCAGGAUGGGAUGUUUUCCUUCUUGGCCCAGUCCACAGGUCCAAGGACAGCCUCCUCCAAGGUCCUGUCUUCCACAGUGGCGGGCCCACUCAGCCCUGGGACCACCCGAGCCUCAUCCCCCCACCCCAUGUAAAUAUUGGUCUGUCCUCUGGGGGCCCUAGUCUGGGGACCCCUGAUGACAGGAUGCUCUUUAAAUAAUAAAAAUGGUUUUGAUUAAUGUG